AUUUGAAUAGGAAUCGGAAUCGGGGUAGAGAUGGACAAUUCCACAAGAUGUACGAGAAAUAUAGAAUGCAUCCAGAAAUCUUUUUCGAAUAUACCAGAAUGAGUAUCGGAACCUUCGAACAUUCAACCAGAAUUGGAAAAAAGUCAAUGUUGAUGGAAUUUUAAGUGCUGGUGAAAAAUUGCUUUUGACAUUAAGAUUCCUCCUACCUUAUCGGACUUUGGGAAUGAUGUCCUACCAGCUAGCUCUAGUCAUGCUAAGUACAAACUAUUCAGAGUUAC